AUGGAAUCCCAGAGAUACACUGGUCAAGAGCCAUCUAGAAGUUCUGGACACAGGCUUUCGAAACCUCUGGUUGGUGAAGAUGGGAGGAUUUAUGCUUGUUCUGAGAAAGAUUUAUUUGCAUUUGAAAGUAAUGGUACCAUUGCAUGGACCAUACAUUUAGACUAUACAUGUAAUGCUGCUAUGGCUCCUGUUCAGGGUGGUCUAGGAAAGAUAUAUUUGGUUGCAGAAAACAGAGUACUGAAGAUCAACUCUUUUAAUAUUGGCUCAUCCAAACCUGCUGCAGAAGUUUUCUUUGGUCCAGUGCCAGGUCAAGAGGAACUAAUUGAAAUUAUUGGGCUCUCAGUAAGCACACUUAGUUCAUCUGUAUUUAUCAAUAUUAAGAAUCGAGGGCUCUUUGCAUAUACGACACGUGGACAACUGCUCUGGAGUGUUGGACCUGUGAUUUAUCGAUCUGGCUACCAACUAGGUUGCAGGAAAAAUGUCACAGAUUGUUAUUUUACUUCUGUUCCUGUGAUUGAUCAAUGUGAAGCUAGUAUAUAUAUCUCAAAUACUGAAGGAGAAUUAUAUAGUUUGUCAGUUCGUAGCCCUUAUUUCAAAUGGAUCCAGGAUUUUAGUUCCCUCGACAAAUAUUUCACCGUCUCCCCCGGAAACAAUGGUCGUUUGUAUGUCACUGUACCAGCUAGGGCCCUUGUGCUGGCUCUAGAUGUCUCUAUGGGUACUGUUUUAUGGCAGAGAUCUAUUGGGCCAUUGAGUACUACAGAAUGUGCACCUGUUGUGGAUUCUAAUGGUUGGGUAUCUGUUGGUUCUUUGGAUGGGUUCCUAUACUCAUUUUCACCAACUGGGAUUCUUAAGAAAUUUUCGAAGGCAGAUACACUGAAUUGUGUGAUUCAAGUUACUCCACUGCUUGAUUGCUCAGGCUAUGCAAUUUAUUUUUCUCAGACAGAGAUGGAGGGAAAGAUUAGCCAAACAAUUGAUGAAUAUACUUAUGUCUCGGCAAUGAGACCAAAAACUGUAAUCUUCACUUUGUUGGUUCCAGCAACUGGGUUCACCUAUUGGUCAGAAAGAUAUCCUGAUCAAUUCUCAUCCUCCUUGUCCGAGAGUGAUCUGCGCCAAUUCGUACUGGAUGAGGGGAUCCUUCUUGCUUUUGUGGCUGCUUCAAAGACUGGCAACCCACUGCAAUGUCGUACCAAACGUCAGAAGUGUGCAUCUAGCUGCUCACAAGCAAAGCCCAAGUAUCUCAGCAUCUACACAGGUAAUGAAAGGGCAAUAAUACUCUUCCUGCUAUUUGAAUCUGCUGUGUUGGUCAUGCUAGCUGGACUUGUACGGUUCUGUUGUAUAUUUUGGAGGAAAAAGAAGGUUCAAGACCAAGACCUUGGAAGUUUCCUGGAAAAGCGACGCUCUCUCCAGCUCAAAAAGAAAGUAUUUGAUAGGACAAUUACAGAGCUUGAGCAGAAAGCAGCAGAGCAGGCAGUGGCCAAUGAAGUUUUUGAAAAAUUGGGGGAUAUGGUACGAGAAAGGGAAGGAAUAGAAAGGAAGUUGUCAACAACCUACAGUCUGGGCAGAGAUAGGGCUGGCUCACAGUCUAAAUCUAUGCUUCCAGUAUAUGAUGGGAAAACAAGGAGCUAUUCUUUCCUAGGUUCAAAGAAAGAAAGUGUGACAGUAUUUCACACGUUAAGUGAUACAUCUUCUGAAGAAAGUGGGAGUGAGAAAGAUACCCACUGGGGUUUUCAUGAAGAGGAGUUGGCAGCCAAGGCAAAAGCAAAGGCAAAGGCACCCAUUGAAGUUGAGAGUUCAAGUGAUGAUGGGAUCUAUGAAACAGACUAUCAGAGUAGUCCAUCGGAGACCACAUCAAGUUCAAGAGGAUUUAUCAAUCCAUUAAAUGGGGUGCAAGAGUCGGGGGAAGUGAAAUUGCAUGAUAAGGAAGUGAAAUCCAUGCAAACUGGUAGCAGAUUAAGUUUAAAAAGAAGAAGGGCCUUGUCAUCAACUAAUUAGAGACUUGAUAGGUGAUUCAUAUCUUGUAAUGCUAACCAUGCAGUUCUGCAAAUCUAUUCACUUGAUUGAAGUAGUCCAAAAAUCUGUUUAUUAUCUUGGUUCAUGCAGUUUGAA